CACGAGUCUUCUCCGUUAGACUUGUCCCGUUUAUAGAACUUCGAGAACUUGUCAUCUCGCUGUGUUUCUCUCUUCUUCGCUCGUUCUCAUCCGUCUGAAUUCAAUUCCAGAAGAACAAAGAAUCUUCAAUCCAAUACAACAAUGGUGAACGAGCAAUCGGUAAUGGCCGUCAUCAGGGCAACUAGGGCUAGCUUUCGUAACGACUACGACAAGGUCGCGUUUGCAGUUCACGCCACAUUUCUCGCUUCCGGCUUCGUGCUCACUGCCACCGGACCUUCUGCUUUUACUGAAGCCGCCUUUUCUUCCCCUUCUACGGAUGAAGUUAGUAUCGAGGGCUGGAACGAAUUGGAGGAUGAAUACGCUUACGUUUACGCGAACCCUGAAAAGGAUUCUAAUUGGAAGAAAAUGAUAGUGAAGUGCCUGGUGAUGAACGGGAAAUUGCUUAUUGAUGCCUUGACUGAUAAGAAUUCGGACCCGCUGCAUCUUGAAAUUGACGUUGAAGAAAUCGUCAAUCCGAAUGGGGGAAGUAGCUAUACAACUCAGUACAGAAAUUUGGAUAAACUGGUGGAACGCUUGGACUUGGGAAUAUUGAGUAAAUUGCACGGUUCUUCAAAAGCUACGAGAAGUAGUUCUACAAGGUCUGAGAGUAGUGAAAGAUCAUCUGCUGUUGUAAAUGAACCUACUUCUGGAAUCCCUGAGAAUCAUAGCCCCCCAUCAAAUAUGCCUAUGUUUGGAAUUCCUGAGCGUCCUGGUCCACAAAUCGAUCCUUCAGGAGUUGUAAUUCCACCUAUUAAUCCCUUUGGUGGUGGUGAUCUUUUCCCUGGACCUGGUGCUGGAAUGUACCCCAAUAGAGGUGGUUUCAGCGGGGAUGGGAGCAUGCUUUUAGGACCUAAUGACCCGCGAUGGUUUGGAAUUGGUAGAGGACCUGGUUUUCAAGGCGGGCAGCCGGGCGUUCCUCCAGGUGCUCGUUUUGAUCCAUAUGGUCCACCUGGUGUUCCUGGGUUUGAACCAAAUCGGUUUGUUAGAAAUCCUAGGAGACCAGGAGGAGGGACUCACCCGGACCUGGAGCAUUUUGGAGGCGGUUCAGAUUUUAUAUAGUCAGCCAGGAUAAUGUUUUAGGGAAAGACAAUAAAUUAUGGUAUAGCCAUCUUGGAGAUGGCUUAUUUUGAGUUACUACCCUGAAGUUCUUUUAUCUGUUUUGGAUGGCCUAUAAUGACUGUAUCUAUUGUGAAUAUGGGAAUUGUGUUUACUGAAUCUAAGAAAGCUUUUGGAUUGUUACUUGUC